AUACAGUUUGGCUGAGACAUUAACACACAUACACCCACAGGGGCUGAAAUCGGAUAAUAACACUUAAUGGUGGGAUAUGCGAUUCUGGAGAAAUCCAACACCAUGACAAAGGCCUUGUUAUAGAGGGAACAAUAACACAGCAAGUAACGUAACUAACGUUAGCUAGGCUGUGGGUUAGCAAACUGUCCCUACAGAUGCAGCUGCGAAGCAAACAGCCAGAGAGGAGGAGACGGUUUCCCAGAGCAGCACAGCAGCUGCAGACAGCGAUACUCACAACUGUCCUCCUGAGACCCUGCGACCUCAUAUGAGGACAUUACAUUUUUGCCUCUUGACACAAUGAUAGUCAAUUUUGUAAAUCUUAGACCUGUUGGUCACAUUUAGGGACACUGCCCACACCAUCUUGUGGUGAUAUCACAACAUUACACCACUGUCAGUGAGAGCAAAAUGUCUGGAAUAUCAGCAAAAAACUUCUACCCCAGUUCCCGAAAGAAAAAUGACCCAGCGAAACUUUCAUUGUCAAGAGCAGAACAAUUGCUCAUGGCAAUUGCAAACAACUCUGAGGUGGAGGACCUCUCAGAUGGGGAAGAUAAUGAUCCUGCUGUGGACGAAGUCAUUUUACAAGAUGUUGACCUCAUGGAUGAGCAUCCUGAUUUUUCGCCACCUGAUUCAGGAGAUGAUUCCGGUGAAGAGUACACACCACCUGAUGCAGCUGAAGAUACUGACUCUGAGAAUGAAAGUCAGCCAAAUCAUCCACAAGUGCACAGACGUGGACGUAAACAACAGCAUAUUGAGAAUGAUGAGCUGGAUGAGGAAGAUCAGAGACAUGGAGAGCCCAGACCAGAACCAAGGAAUGCUGGACGUGGAGAACGCUGGCGGUCUGCUCCAUUUAGACCAAAUUUGGUCCAGUUUCAGGAUGGAGAUGAUGGACUGAAAGAUGAGCGAACAGGUUGGCAGCCACUGGAUUAUGUGGAGCAGUACAUUGACUCAGACCUGAUGAAACUCAUUGCUGACUGCACAAAUGCCAUGUCACUGGGUAACAGUGGGAGAUCUCUCUCAACUUCGGUAGAUGAGAUUUAUCACUUUUUGGAGCAGCAAUCUUGAUGUCUUGCGUGCCUUAUCCACAGAUAAGGAUGUUUUGGUCCAAUGCCCUACAAAUCCCCGCCAUUAGUAACACAAUGUCACGUGAUCGCUUCUUCAAACUUAGGAGCCAUCUGAAAGUAGUUAUCGACUAUGAUGUAUCAGAAGAUAAGAGGGAAACCGACAAAUUCUGGAAGGUGAGGCCUUUUAUGGACCGUAUACUUACCGGCUGCCGCCUUCAGGUUCGUCCAAAAUGCGUCUCAAUAGACGAGCAGAUGAUCCCGUUUACAGGGGCCUGUCCAUUCCGACAAUACGUGCCACUAAAGCCAAAUCCAGUGGGAAUGAAGAACUUUGUGCUGGCAUCUGUGGAUGGACUCGUGCUAGACUUUGAAGUCUAUCAAGGUUCAAAAACCCUGGCUUCGAAGGUUCAGGACUCAGAUGGAUUGGGUCUAGGAACACUAGUCAUCAAACGUCUUUCCGAAACCCUCACUGCUGGCACACAAGUGUAUUGUGAUCGCUUCUUUACCACCAUACAAGCAGUUGACCACAUGCUGAAGGAUGAUAUUUAUCUUACUGGUACAGUGAUGAAGGGCCGAGUCAAACAAGCAAUGAACAAGUUACCCGAUGACAAAACCCUGAAACACCAAGGGAGAGGUGCCGUCUCCACAGUAACCAGGGCAGAUGGGAAACUAUGCGUGGUCAAGUGGUACGACAACAAGCCAGUUGUGAUGCUCUCCACUGUUCACUCAGAGCAGCCAGAAGAUACUUGCCAGCGGUGGUCCAAGAAGGGAAAAAAGUAUGUGACCGUGACAAGACCAAGCAUCGUGCGCGAGUACAACUCAAAGAUGGGAGGUGUAGACAUGUCAGAUAGAAUGAUGAGCUACUACCGAAUGUCUGUGCGGACGAAGAAGUGGACAAUUCGCAUGCUGAUGCAUUUCAUGGAUCUUGCCCUUGCCAACAGCUGGCUGCUGUAUCGCAGAGAUAACCAGGAAAAUGGCACCCCAAUUUAGCCAUGUUUCUGGCUGUUUACAUUUUAUGUAGGCUUUACACUCUGAUGUUUACAUUUUCAAAUAAACUGUGAAAAUGUGUCAAAUUAACUUUUUGUACCAAUGGAGUCUAUGUGUGUCAUACAGUAAGAUAGACCCACUGUACUCGUAUGAGGACAUUCAUUUUUGAGAGAACUACUUAUUGUAUUAAGCUGAAAUUUUGAAUUUUGACUAAUUAGGACCUUCUGGCCCCAACAGCAAAUAAUAUUUCAAAAAGUUAUGAUAGACCCACUGUCCUCACAUGAGGACAUCUUUUUCUGCAAAAACUACUUCCUGUACAAAAACAAAUUUUAGGUAUUAUACUUAUUAGGUCCUACAUAUCCCAAAUAGCAAGAACAAUUAUAAAAUGCACACCAGGCAAACUCUCGGGUCUCAGGAGGAUAACUAACAUCACAACAACAGCAUAGCUUGGCAAACUAGAAAGUAAGCUGAAUGACCGUGGGCAAGUCAUUUAACUUUACCUGACACACAAAUUAUGGCUGGAAUAGUGUUAGUUUCCCAUUCACAGAAACAGGGCUGUGUACAAACACCGGAUUAUUUUUCAGCACAUACAGAACAGACAGUUAGGGACCAUGAGGAGAUAUUCGCUGAGUUUGACAAAAAAACUUGUAUUGGAUUAGAUUCGCAUACCUCACCUUUAAGAUGAGUAAUUCAGAACAACAAGGUGUUGAAAAUAGCAUGAUUAUAUAUAUUGUUGAAUUUAUUAAAUUAAAGCGAUGGAAAUAUAUAUUAUGCUUAGUAGUUGGCAUGCACAUAAUAUGACAGCCACCGGGAGUUUGUUUUUUCCCCGGUCUGUAUUUGGGCCCCAACAAUUAUUUUCAUAAUUUGACUACCUUUGUUCAUUUAAGGAAAUAUGAUCAUUUUAUGGGCAACUAAGCUUACCCAAGUGUUUGUUGUUUUACAUCAAGUCAA